CCUUUAUUUAUCUAAAAGAUUUUGCAGAGUACGAACAAAUUUAGAUCUGGAGGACGACCAACAUCAGGAGGAGAGAGACCUGCUCCACCAGCUGAUCCUCACCUCCCCCCCGCUUCUUGUCCCCCCUCCCACCACCCCUCAGAAACACCUGAGGUCUCUAGAACGUCAGCUGCAGGUGCUGAGGGGCGGGGCCCCGCAGGAGGCAGACCCUAACUCUCUGAUCCAGUUCCAGGAUCGUGACUUCCCACUGGAUGUAAACCUGGUGGCUGCAAAGACCAAGAAGAAGAAGGCUGUGGCAGGUAAAGGUGAGCACAAGAUCUUCGGGUCUCCGGACGUGGACGAGCCAGUCAGCAACACCUGCUGCUCAGGCUGCGGAGCCGUGCUGCACUGCACCUCCGUCCAGGCUCCCGGGUACUUGCCCAGUGAGAAGUACAAGGCCCUGCAGCAGGAGGGGGGUCUGCAUAGCGCCACCUGUCAGCGCUGCCACCUGCUCACCUACCACCACAAGGCACUGCACCUGGAAGUGUCCAAAGACCAGUACCGGGCGGUGGUGCAGCAGAUCCGCCCCCUACAGGUCCUGGUGUUGCUCAUUGUUGACCUGCUCGACCUCCCCGACUCCAUCAUCCCCGACCUGCCUGAGCUCGUUGGUACCAACAAACACGUGGUUGUCCUCGGCAACAAGAUCGACCUGCUACCCAGGGACUCGCCCGGCUACCUGCGACGAAUCAAGGGUCAGCUUUCCCAGUACUGUCAGGUGGCCGGCUUAGGAGGCCAGGUCACCGACAUCCACCUCAUCAGUGCCAAGACCGGGUACGGCAUCGAGACGCUGAUAUCCAGCCUGCAGAGGUCCUGGAAGUACAAAGGUGACGUGUACCUGGUUGGGAGCGCCAACACAGGAAAGUCAACCCUGUUCAACACGCUGCUGGAGUCUGACUACUGCAAGUCCAAGGCCUCCGAAGUCGUACAGAAGGCCACCGUAUCGCCCUGGCCUGGGACAACUCUGAACCUGCUGAAGUUUCCCAUCAUCAACCCGACACCGUACAGAAUGUUCAGGCGACAGAAACGACUGAACAAGGCAUCGCAACAGACGGAGGACGAGCUGUCACAUGUCGAACAAACGAGAAUGAGACAUUUCCGCAGACAGGGCUACUUAGUGGGUCGUGUUGGCAGAACAUUCCGUGCUGAAGUUGGAUCCAGACCAGAUGAGAUCCAGUUUGAUCCUGACAGUUUGGCAUUUGGAGAAAAUGAAGACGGAGAACUGACGACAGGUGAGACAGGAACAUGGCUGUAG